GGAUGACCACUCCCGCCCUGCUGCCGCUCUCCGGGCGGAGGCUGCCCCCCCUGAACCUGGGCGCCUCCGCCUUCCCGCACCACAGGGCUACCUUGAGACUCUCCGAAAAAUUUAUCCUGCUCCUUAUUCUUAGUGCCUUCAUCACCCUGUGCUUCGGGGCGUUCUUCUUCCUCCCCGACUCCUCGAAGCACAAGCGCUUUGACCUGGGCUUGGAGGAUGUGCUCAUUCCUCACGUGGACACCAGCAAAGGGGGCAAGAACCUCGGCGGCUUCCUCAUCCACGGGCAAGGGCACGACGAGCACCGGCACAGAGAAGAAGAGGAACGUCUGAGAAAUAAGAUCCGAGCAGAUCAUGAAAAGGCUCUGGAAGAGGCUAAGGAGAAAUUGAAGAAAUCACGUGAUGAGAUUCAAGCUGAGAUUCAGACAGAAAAGAACAAAGUAGUGCAAGAGUUGAAAAAGAAAGACAGCAAGCCACUGCCCCCUGUUCCUUUACCAAAUCUUAUAGGGAUAAACAGUGGAGAACCAUCAGACCCGGAUAUCCGAGAGAAGAGGAACAAAAUUAAAGAGAUGAUGAAGCAUGCCUGGGACAAUUAUAGGCAAUAUGGAUGGGGACAUAAUGAGCUCAAACCAAUUGCCCGGAAAGGACAUUCCACCAACAUAUUUGGAAACUCACAAAUGGGUGCUACCAUAGUAGAUGCAUUGGAUACUCUUUAUAUCAUGGGGCUUCACGAUGAAUUCAGAGAAGGACAAGAGUGGAUUGACAAAAAUCUUGAUUUCAGUGUGAAUUCCGAAGUGUCUGUUUUUGAGGUCAACAUUCGCUUCAUUGGCGGUCUUCUAGCAGCAUACUACCUUUCAGGACAAGAGGUUUUCAAGAUUAAAGCAGUGCAACUGGCAGGAAAACUUCUUCCAGCCUUCAACACACCUACGGGUAUACCAUGGGCAAUGGUGAAUCUGAAAAGUGGUGUGGGUCGAAACUGGGGCUGGGCUUCUGCCGGCAGCAGCAUCCUCGCUGAGUUUGGUACUCUGCACAUGGAAUUUGUCCACCUCAGCUAUUUGACAGGGGAUCCUGUAUACUACAAUAAGGUCAUGCACAUUCGGAAGUUACUUCAAAAAAUGGAUCGUCCUAAUGGACUUUAUCCAAAUUAUUUGAAUCCAAGAACAGGCCGGUGGGGUCAGCAUCACACAUCCGUGGGCGGGCUGGGAGACAGUUUUUAUGAAUAUUUAUUGAAAGCCUGGCUUAUGUCAGACAAGAUGGACACGGAGGCAAGGAAAAUGUACGACGAUGCAAUUGAGGCCAUAGAAAAACAUCUCAUCAGAAAGUCCAAUGGAGGACUGACCUUCAUUGGGGAGUGGAAGAACGGGCACCUUGAAAGAAAGAUGGGCCAUUUGACCUGUUUUGCAGGGGGAAUGUUUGCCCUUGGAGCAGAUGGUUCCAGAGAUGAUAAAGCUGGACAUUAUUUGCAGCUUGGAGCUGAAAUUGCACAUACAUGUCAUGAGUCAUAUGACAGAACAACAUUAAAGCUGGGUCCAGAAGCAUUCAAAUUUGAUGGUGGCGUAGAGGCGGUGGCAGUGCGGCAGAACGAGAAGUAUUACAUCCUAAGACCAGAGGUGAUUGAGACCUACUGGUAUAUGUGGAGAUUCACCCAUGAUCCCAAGUACAGGCAGUGGGGCUGGGAGGCAACACAGCUGAAUGCAAUUGACAAGUAUUGCCGAGUCAGCGGUGGCUUUUCUGGUGUCAAGGAUGUCUAUUCCUCAUCUCCUACAUAUGACGACGUACAGCAGAGCUUUUUCCUUGCUGAAACUUUGAAGUAUUUGUAUCUGCUUUUCUCCAAUGAUGACCUUCUACCAUUAGACAACUGGGUUUUUAACACAGAAGCUCAUCCUCUGCCUGUUUUACAUUUAGCCAACACCACAUUGUCAGGAAAUCCUGCAUAUCGAUAAAAACAGCUCUAUGAAGAGGAGGAGAGACUGUUUUCAGCUCUGUUUUGUUUACAUGGACCACUUGAGACUUUAAGCAGGAGAGGAGACAGACACUUGAUAAAACUAGACCUCUGAGUCAAGCAAGUACCGGCGUGAGAAACGAAGCUCUUCAACAUAUAGAUAAGUUAAAAAUUCUGUUUUAUACAUGACCAAAACACGUUAGUGUGGUAUUUGCAGGACAGAGACUUCAUGCGCUUUGAACACUAGCAAGACAUGGAAUCUACUGUUUAAUAUAAACGCAGCAGCAUAAGGAAGAAGAGGCUUUCCCGUCCAGGGAGAGGAACUUGGUGCUGCUGCUCCUGGCUGUUGCAAGGAACAACACACCAGUCAUCUCUUCAGAUCGGGUGGGUUCCAAAUACCUAGAUUUUAUUUUUCUUUUUUUGUGUUUGAUGAUGGCAUGAACAAAGCAACAACAAAAAGCAACAUCACUGCACCAGCAGCAUCAGGAUUUGAAUUUUUUUCUGUACCUGUCUGAAUUUUCUAAGGAGCAUCUGUUUGACCAGACUGGCAGCCAUUCUCAGGGCCUCUAAGCUAUUAAAACUAAACUAUAAACUAUAAAAACUAUUGCCUCCUCAUUUUCCCUUUCCAAAAUAAUGCUGAAAGAUCAGUGUUGUAUGCUUACAUCCAAAAAAACAAUUAGUAAGCGUUUGGUUUGUAGUUCACUGUCAGCAACGUGGGCUUAGUUCAUUUGGCAAGCCUAAAGUCACAGAGUCUGGAGCAUAUCGCAGGGGUAGGAAGGAGAUGAAGUCUCCCUUCCUCACAAGUCCUGUCACAUGGAAAAAACCACUCUCUUAUUAGUCCCGGUUCUUUUAGCUAAACAAACAGAGACGACAACAUGAGAAAAACAGUCUCUCAUGAUUUAUAUAACAGGAUACAGUAUAUGGCAUUUAAAAAUGCUCCCCUUGAGCUAAGCAGCAGGAGUUUGUUGCUUUGUAUUUUUCCACACAAUCGGGAUUUUUCCUAAAAGUUAAAUUUCAUAGAAUCAUUAAGGUUGGAAAAGACCUCUAAGAUCAUCGAGUCCAACCGUCAACCCAACACCACCAUGCCCACUAAACCAUGUCCCUAAGCAAUUUCAUUCUUUGGAUACUAUUCAUGGAACCUUCUUUGCAGGUAUGGGUAUGACAGAAGCCCAAAACUGCCUUUGAUUUAGUUUACAAAACUCCUUUUCUUCUCGGUGCUCCAGUGCAAAGCCAACAUGAUCUUCUUUGGAAACAACAUAACAUCUCUUACAUAUGAGUGGAAAAAGAAACUGAAGAGUCUCUUCUUCCAUUAGUUUAUGAGAAAUGAGAUGCUGUUACCUGCAUGGGUUUUUUUCUGAGUACUCCUAGGCUGGGCUGGACAGUAUCACUUAAAUGGAGUCUGCUUCAGUCUUCACUUACUGGCUAAAAGAAGUUUCGUCUUUUCAAGUAUAUCUCAAUCUCUUUUUUUUACCAUUGAUCCAGAAUCCUUACAGCUCAAAUUAUUCUUUUUAUUCCCCUUUAUAGCUCUCAAAUCCUUUUGCCAUGGUGACUGGCCCCUUUGCUGAAAAAGAGCUGUGAGGUGCUCCUUUCCCUCCUAAUUAAUGCGCAGGUUGAGCCUUUAAAAAGUCUUGAUUGUGUUUUCGUACUAACGUGAGUGGAAGAACUCUUCAGUGAGCUACAGCAGUACAGCAUCAGAUCUAAAGGGAGUGAGUGCUAUUUCUCCCCCUCAAAAAAUGUUUAUAUAUGAAGUUUUAUAUAUAAAAGCUUUUCUCUCCAUCAUAUUAUAAUAUAUCUGACUGUACAGUAUAGUAGAAUUUCCCCCAUAAAACUUUUCUUGGCUCAUCUUUGACACUACCUUAAACACAGAAAUCAUCACAUGAUCUAAGAAAAAAUGCUAUCAGAUGCUUUUUUCCAGACAGUUACUUUAGCUUAAGAGGAGAAAGACAUUGAUCUUGGAAAAAACUCCCAUCUCAAUGAUUUUACCUUAAUACCAGUUACUUAGUUACUGUAAUUUGCAGCAGUAUCUUAAAAAUAAUUUGAGAACUGAUAAAGUAAUUGAUGUAGUAAAUAAUACUGAUUCAAGUAAUUGUUUAUUUAAAAUUAGAAGUAGCUUAAUAAAUGGAUUCUUCUUACUGGUCCCUCAUUAAUUUAUUUUUCUAAUUAGUAUUCAGUGACUUACUGAAGAGCUAGUCAUUUUCCAAAGUUCAGAUACGUUGUGUUUUCAAGUUGAGUUUUUCCCAUCCCAUGAGAACUGUUACUAGUUUAAAGCUGCACUCGAUGGAUUGCCUUGUUCUCCUAAAUCUCUCUGGGUACAAAGGAGAAAGAGGAAAAGCAGACUAUUCUAUUUAAAAAAAAAAAAAAAGAAAAAAAGAAAAAGGCACUUUCACCCCAUACACCCAUCCCCAUACACCUCCUGAUAAAUGCAGAUGUAGAAUGGCUGCCAGUCUUCAGAGAAAGGUCAAGGACAGAAUUCUGGAGUCCCAGAAACAGCAAACUUCUUAUCAUUGUUUGCUGCUCUUCCACCCUCCUCGUGUGAAUUAAAGAGCGACCCUUCACAUUAAUUCCUCUAUGAAUCCCAAUGGGUUAACUCACUGCCACAAGAAUGCUUGAAUUGAGGACCUAAGCCAUUUCAUGUUAUGGGAUGGUAUUUUUCUCAAAGCAGAUGUACAGUACUGCUAUUUCUUCUUUGUGUAGACAAGCAGCAGCUACCAAAUAAAGGACACUUGUUUCUCAUUUUCCAGUUACCCCAACGGCUGUCAGUUUCUACUCUAUCACUCUUUAAAAUACAAACUAUCCUUUCCCUCCAGAAGCUACUGAUGUGCAUAGUGUAUCAAAAAUAAUGCAUUUUAUGGACUAGUUGCUGUGUCAUUCAUGAAUCUCUCCAGCCUGAGAUUUCCUAGAGCAAGCUGAGUUUGGAGGUCAUGGGUUCUGAGCGAGGUGGGUGCGUAAUAACCAAGCACCACGGAUAUUGAAACUUCUGACUGAAGUGACGUGCCCUCGUUCUGAGUCCUUCACAGAGAAGUAGGUUCUGAUCUGCAGAAUGGCGUUAUGUGCAACCCAAAGUUCAGACUGUUUUCCCUCUAGGUACAUAAGGUACGGUAGAAUAUUGCCAUUUUCAUUCUGUUGCUGCUGUCUUACAUACUUUCAUGAAGAUAGAGUGUAAAUUUAAGCACAAAAUGACUUUUUAGUCCUAGUUGUUUCCGAGUCUUGCACUGUAUUCUCUAACAAAACGAUCCUCGUUUUCUUUAGGUAGCUGUCCCAUUUUAGCAAUUUCUACAAUACCCUCUCCUCUUACAGGAUGAAAUAAAAACCAGAAAAUCAUGUAUGUUUUUGGCACACUGGAUUUGGGCAAGAGCCUGGAAAUCCCAGAAUUGUCUAUUUCCUGUUUGCAUGCAGUCAAAACAAGGAUCUUCAGUUCUUUUCCUAAUCCAAGCCUGAAGCUUGCCUGUUGGUCAGGAUCUGCUAGCAGUACAUUUUUUUCUAACACUUACAGCCUGACUUUUCAAAGAAACCAAAUGUCUGCAGCUUCCACUGACCACCCUGGAGCUAUGUGUGUCCUGCAGUCAAGAAGUCAACUUCUUAGCUUUGUCCUCUAAAUAAAAACAAAACCCUUGAAUGAUAUUCUGUGAUAUUUUGCUGCACAGUAUGGUCCUUAAAACUGAAUGCUUAAGAAAAGUAUGGAAAAUAGUAAGUACGCUGGAGUAAAAGUAAAAACAGGUAGUUCCCUGUGCCAGUCACACCUUUGAGGCUCCUUUAGCUCCCUACUCCAAAUUUGUGGAUCACUGUCUUCUACCUCCCAAACAC